AUGGCCAGCGCAAGAGACCCCAAGUGCACAGGCCACAGCUGGUUCACCUCGGUGGACGUGGGGAAACCCUGGCGAACAUCCGAAGAGACCGGCUGUCAAGGAGGCUGCGGAAGCCCCCGGGGCGGUCAGGCGGGCUGGGGCCUGCGGGCGACAGCUCUCUACCGGAGGACUCUCGGAGGGGAACGGCCCGUGAACGCGCGCAGAGCCGGCUCGCGCCAAAAAUUCCAAACCGGCCUCGAGGCCCCGCCCAAGAACGCCUUCUGCUCCGCCCACUCCCGGAUGCAGCCCAUCAGAGGCGCCCAGGGCGCCGGGGCUCCGCCUCCCCCACGUCUCUGCGUGCGCGUCACCGGGCCCGCUCCGCUGGCUCCUCAGGCCGUGCCCUCUCACUGCGCAGGCGUGACGUCUCCUCGGCGCCACCCCGGGCGGAGGCUGGGGCGCGGUACGGUGUCCUGGCUGAGGGGUGGCGCGGGGUCCGAGUUGGCCGAUAACACUCCCCAUCUUGUCCCACCUUAUUUUCGUAUUACACUUCCUCUAUCUGAAAUCCUGGCCUCUAUUUACUGGCUUAUUUGUUUACCACCCAUCCCCCAAGUUUCUGACAGGUUAGGGUUCCCAGCCCAUUGUGCCCGCACCUUCAGGGAACAUUCCAGUUCAUGGACCAGCACGGGAGGGCCUGGCAUAUCAGGACUACGUCCAUUGUCUCCGGGCCCAGGGAAAGGCUUCGGGAGCCCCAAUGGCUACAGAUCAGGCUACGGCUCCCCCAGUGGCCUGGGAGCAGGAUUUGGGAACGGGAAUGGGCUGGGAGCCCAGCCAGGCACAGGAGGGGGUGUGAAACCCCAGAAGCCAGGGUUUGGAAAUGGGCUGGCAAUGGGGACCUUCCCAGGUGCUGUCACCCAGCCAGGUUUUGGAGGGGGUGUGAGACCCCAGAAGCCAGUAUAUGGAAAUGGACUGGGAGCCAGUUCCUUCCCAGGGCUGGGAGCCCAGCCAGGCCCUGUGGCUCAGAAUGGUGGCCAGGCACCAGGAGUUGGAGGGGGCGUGAAACCUCAAAAGCCAGGACUCGGCAAUGGGAAUGGGAUGGGACUCGGAGCCCAGCCAGGCUUUGGAGGGGGCGGAAAACCCCAGAAGCCAGGAUUCAGGAAUGGGAACGGGCUGGGAGGUGGCGCCUUCCCGGGAGUAGGAGCCCAACCAGCGGGUCCUGCAACUCAAAACGGCUACAGACCAGGCUUUGGAGAGGGUAUGAAGCCCCAGAAACCAGGACUCGGGAAUGGCAACGGCUUGGGAGCCCAGCCAGGCCUAGUGACCCAGAACGGAUACGGAGCAGGUAGAAGCAGGGCUUUGGGGGGGGCCAUGAAGCCCCAGAAACCAGGAUUCAGGAAUGGCAAUGGGCUGGGAGGCCAGCCAGGCCCUGCGGUUCCCGUGGGCUACGGACCAGGCAUCGGUGAGGGCGGGAAGCUGCAGAAGCCAGUUUACAGGAAUGGGCUGGGAGCCGGAGUCUUCCCAGGCCAAGGGGCCCAGCCAGCCCUGGGAAGGGGCAUGAGCCCUCUAAAGUCAGACUUUACUCCGGGACUGCAGCUCCCAGCAGGAUAUGGCAACGGAAAUGGGGUGGGGGCCCAGCCAGGUCCCUGCCAUGGGAGGGUCCCUCCACUGCUUCUCCCCAGGCCUCCCACUUCGGGGGUCCCUUCUGCUAAAGAGGGCGGCGGCUGGGGUGCCAAAUCCCAGCCCUCUCCCCCAGGGCAGAAUGGCAAGUUCCCAGCACCGACUCCAGCCAUCCAGUGGGGGCUGAAACCUCAGAAAGCAGGAUACCAGCCCCUGAAUGGCUAUGGACUGGGAACAGAACUGGGCUUUGGUGGUGGCCUCAAGCCUCAGAAAGUUGGUUUUGCUUAUGGGAAUGGUCUGGGAGCUGGGGUCUUCCCUGAGGCCCACCUUAAGCCAGACUUUCCCGGGGUCAAUGGCUUUAGGAAUGGUGAGUAUGGGGAGGAAGCACCAGUGUACCCCAAAGCAGUAGUUUCGGGCUCUGAAGGAAAUGGUCAGGCCAGGGCCCUAAGGGGCUCUUGGCCCUCCGUGCAGCCUUGGGGGCUUGCCUUGAAGCCUGGAUAUGGGCCUGGAGGCACAUACCCAGGGGUCAGGAGCCAGCCAGCGACCUAUGGACAGCUAAGGCCAGAGCUGGGCCCUGGACCCUUUGGCAGCCCUCCAGUGAAGAGAGACAGCAGUGGCCCACUGGGAAAUGGCUAUGGAGGCCACUGUCCUCUUGGGAAAUGCUGAACACUGAGGCCCUUUCACUGACCACCCUGAGAGCCUCUCUACCACAGCCGUGUGUUGGGCGAGGACGGCCGGAUCCUGGGGCUUGGCUUCUG